CUUUUUCCAACAAUGGCGUCGUCCUUUUCUUGUAUUUAUUUGUGGACAAGGGCAAAGCGACAGAAGCGGCUGUCGUUGUGUUACGCUGACUUUAGCUAACAUGGCGAGGUUUUUAAGGCCUAACAUCCGCACCUUCCUCAACGUACAACUGAGAAUGUCAUCAGAUCAGCUAGGUGAGCUGGGCAAAGGUGCAGGAAAAGGCGGAGGAGGCGGUGGGGCCAUCCGUGAGGCAGGUGGAGGAAUGGGAAAGAAACAGGCCGCAGAGGAGGAAAUGUACUUCAAGCGUAAGGAGCAGGAGCAGCUGGCAGCGCUCAAGCAACACCACCAGGAGGAAAUCGACCACCAUAAAAAGGAGAUUGAACGCCUGCAGCGAGAGAUUGACCGCCAUAAGGGAAAGAUCAGGAAGCUGAAGCACGAUGACUGAGAGGAACCUUCAAAUAAAUUGAAACAAGCUUACGCCCGACAUCUUUAAUCACUGCUGUAUUAUUGCAUCUAAAGAAAUCUACUGCUUUUUAAAAAAGAAAUCAUUUUCUUUUGCAGUAAGGCCAGGCAUGAUUGUUGCUCAAAUGCUAAAAAGCAAUUAAAAUGUUCACAAAAAUAUUGUUGUUUCCAUGGAACAGUGUGACAUGUUUGUAUGAACUGUUGUAUGUUUAUACAGCAAAUAAAUACUUUGUGUGGUAAAUAAAGGGACUGAUAAUCUCCUGA